UAAUUGCAAUAUUUGUAAAAACUGAAUUUUCUUUUAUAUAUGUUCCUAUAUCAAUUUUAUUCAGAAUUGUCUUUUACAUUUUUGAAAUCUAGUUGAAGAAUAAAUACUAAUUUGCUCCAUACAUCUAUUACUAGUCAUGUGUUACAUGUGUCUGACAAAAUUUUUGAUAAGACUACUUUGACGUUAAACUUAUACCAGUUGUCAUAGUAUUAUUAAUAAAUUGUUCAUUGGUAAAUACGAAACUUUAAUUGUUUAAUAUAUUUUUAAACGAAUAUGGCAGAGUGUAGUGAAUAUAUUAGAAGUCAAUUUCCAACGAUUGAUGAUGAUUUAUAUCAUUACGUCGAAGGGAUUCUUGAUAGUUCUAAAGACGAUUUUGAAGAUGGAGAAGAAGUUUAUGAAGCUAUUGGACAAGUUUUACAUGAGGUAUCAGAGAAAUCUGAAAACGAGGUUAGGGAUAUAUGCAGCAAGUUAUUGACCAUCCUAAAAGGAGGUUCAUAUGAUGGUGGAGAAAAUGAAAGAGAAAGGCGAAAAAAUGGAGUGAAUAAAGUAUUAAAUGCCCCAGUACACUUAGGUGCAAUGGCUGCAACUUUAGAAGCUCAAGUAGAACAAAUUAAAAGUAUAUGGGUGACUACUAGAGACGAUACUAUGAAAGUAGAUGCAAAAAAGUUAGAAAAAGCUGAGGCAAAGCUUCAGCAAAAACAAGAAAAAAGAAAUGGAUUAGACCUUGGAAAUAAUACAAAGAUUAAUAGCAUAAAUCAAUCAAUAGAACUAGCAAGUGCUAGUCAAAUGAUGAGCAAAAAAGAUAGCCGUAUGGAAAGUAAAGGAGGCACAAAUAAAACUCAAGACAUUAGAAUUGAAAACUUUGAUGUUGCAUAUGGAAAUAAAAUCUUGCUUCAAGGAGCUGAUUUAACAUUAGCUUUUGGAAGACGAUAUGGUCUUAUCGGUCGAAAUGGUCUGGGUAAAACAACACUACUUCGUAUGAUUUCUAGCAAGCAACUGAGAAUACCAUCACACAUACGUGUUCUUCAUGUCGAACAAGAAGUAGCUGGUGAUGAUACAUCAGCUUUAAAUUCGGUAUUAGAAUGUGAUGAGGAGAGAAAUUCUUUGUUAAAACGUGAAGCUGAGCUUCAGAUACUUAUUGAGAAAGAAGGAGGAAAGAGUGAUGCUCUUGGCGAAGAAUUAGCAAAGGUUUAUGAAGCGAUGCAACAUGCUGAAGUGGAUAAAUCACCAGCGAAAGCUAGUGCAAUUUUAUCCGGACUUGGAUUUUCAGUAGAACGACAAUCUUGGCCUACGAAAUCAUUUUCUGGUGGUUGGAGAAUGCGACUUGCUCUUGCCAGAGCUCUAUUUUCUAGACCUGAUCUUUUACUCCUUGAUGAGCCGACGAACAUGUUGGAUAUCAAAGCAAUCCUUUGGUUAGAACGAUACCUUCAGUCGUGGCCAACAACACUACUUGUUGUUUCUCACGAUAGAAAUUUCUUAGAUACUGUUCCUACAGAUAUAUUGUACCUGAAAGGCCAGAAAAUCGAAGCGUAUCGUGGCAAUUAUGAACAGUUCGAAAAAACCCGAGGUGAACGUGAGAAAAAUAUGCAACGCGAAUAUGAAGCUCAACAAGCAAAACGAGCACAUGUUCAAGAGUUCAUUGAUCGUUUUCGUUAUAAUGCUAAUCGUGCCUCUUGUGUGCAAAGUAAAAUCAAAAUGCUUGAGAAGUUGCCUGAAUUAAAACCAGUGGAGAAAGAGCCAACAGUGACACUGCGUUUCCCUGACGUGGAGUCACUUAGUCCGCCUAUUCUUCAACUUAAUGAAGUCUUUUUCCGCUAUGCCGGUUCGACAAAUAAUGAAUACGUACUUUCUAAUGUUAAUCUCACUGCCACACUACAGUCACGUAUUUGUAUUGUUGGAGAAAAUGGAGCAGGAAAGACGACGUUAUUAAAAAUUAUUACGGGUAGUUUAAGUCCAACACAUGGAACCCUACAUGUCCAUCGGAACCUCAAGUUCGGUUACUUCAGCCAACAUCAUGUUGAUCAGUUAGAUAUGAGAGUGUGUUCUGUGGAAUUAUUGCAGAAUCAUUUUCCAGGUAAACCUAUUGAAGAGUACAGACGUAUGUUAGGUAGCUUUGGGAUAAGUGGAGAUCUAGCUUUACAAACAAUAAGCUCUUUAUCCGGAGGUCAAAAGUCUCGAGUUGCUUUUGCUCUUAUGUGUGCUGCAAAUCCUAACUUCCUUGUUCUUGACGAACCUACCAAUCAUCUUGAUAUCGAAUCGAUCGAAGCUCUAGGAAAAGCUUUGAAUAUUUGCCAGGCUGGUGUCAUCUUAGUAUCUCACGAUGAACGAUUAAUACGAAUGGUAUGCACAGAGCUUUGGGUGUGUGAAAAAGGAAUUGUCAGAUGUGUUGAAGGAGGAUUCGACGAAUACCGAAAGAUUGUAGAAAAAGAACUUGAAGCGAAUUAGUUAAUUAAAUAUGAAUUAUGUAUCAUUUUUCUUACUGAUUCCAAGUUUCAAUAAUAUGCUGCACUAAUUGAGUAUUGCAUUAUUUAUAUUAUUUAUAUGAUUAUCAUGGAAAAUAACAAUUUCAUGCAGCUCAAUCAUGUUACCAACUGCCUUUAAAAAGGCCUUAGCUAAUUCAAGCAUUCGCGAUACCACGUUACUUUACAUUUUAAAACAACGAUGGUGAACGAAUGUAAAUGAUCAAAAAUAAUUCGCUGAUUCUUUUCACUCUUGUUUGCAUGUCAUCUAAAUAAAAUGAAUAAUUGUUGUAUA